CAACUGAAAUAUUUUUUAUUUUUGAUACUGUUUUUUGAAUCUUGUGUGUCUUUAUUUUAAAGUAAUUUUUGCAAAAAUACGCUUGAGCAAUACAAAUGGCUGAUGACAACAGUACCACAAAGUCCGUAACUACAUCGAACCCUUCUACCAAGAGAAGCACCAUCAGGAAAUCCGAUAUCAGGAAGACCGACGGCGACAAGGACAGGGAUAAGGACAAGAACAAGGAGAAUGCUAACUUGCAGCACAGUGUUCAUAGGACAGAGCUUCAAGCAGAUGAAGAAAUGCCGGAAGCCAACAAUGAUCCGGCGAAAUCACGGGUGACCAUGCAAUGUGAGACGGCGCCAGAGCGGAAAGCCUCUGUGGGCAGAAUCGUUCGGAAGCCGCGCAUGCGGAGUAAGAAACCGUUGAAGCCAAGUGUCAUACGCCGCAUGUGUCAGAUUCCGUCGGAGGAAGGAAUCGGCGCUGACAGCUGCGAUGCAGAGAUCAUGUACACGAACUCGCAGUUCGGCCGCGCCGUGGAUCCGUGCAAUCAUUCGUCUUGUCGAAUGUGCGCUUUGGCGCCGCGUCGUCGUACCAAAGUCAAGGGCAUGACCGCUGCUGCGGUCAAGAGCAAGACCAAGUCGAAGCGUUCGGCCUUGUCUAAGCGUCGGACUACGGCCAAAAUGGCACGCCCAAGCAAAGCUUCGUCGGAUCGCCGCGUGGGUGUGAAGUCGAUAUUGAAUUUGGAGCCAGUCAAUCAAACACCGCCGUCAGCAUCCAAAAGGAGUGUUCACACCCGUCAGUGCCUCUGCACAGAGCUGAAUGGCCAGGUCUACAAGCUGAUGGACUUGCCAUCUAACGCCGACAGUAGCAGCGCUUUGAUGCUUACCUUGCGCCACCAACAGCUUAAACGUAUUUCAAAGCCUCGAUUGUCCACCAAGCGACAAGUUGGCAAACGUCCCACCAACAGCCGCAAGCUCAGCAAGCAUAAGCCUAACUAAUUGCAAACUAUUUCUAGGAGUUUGUAUUAUGCAAGAUAUUUUAAAAGUACAACGUGGCCCUAUAUUUAUGUAUUAAGCAC